AUGUCUUCGGAGCAAAAGUCGCAGACCAAGAAGUUCCAGAAGGGCGAGAGGUCAAUCCCACACCCAUCGCAGCAGGCCAGCAGAUAUUACCCGGCCGAUGAUAAUGCGCAGCCAAAGAAGGCCCGCAAGACCCUCCGCCCAUACAAACCCCGCUCCACCCUCCAACCCGGCGCCGUGCUAAUCCUCCUCGCCGGUCGCUUCCGCGGCAAACGCGUCGUCCUCCUCAAAGUCCUCGACCAAGGCGUGCUCCUGGUCACCGGCCCCUUCAAAAUCAACGGCGUCCCGCUCCGCCGCGUCAACGCCCGCUACGUCAUCGCCACCAAGACCAGCGUCGACCUCAAGGGCCUCGACUCCGCCACCAUCGACAAGGUCUCCAAGCCCGAAUACUUCUCCCGCGACAAGAAGGCGGAUAAAAAGGGGAGCGAGGAGGCUUUCUUCAAGCAGGGUCAGGGCGAGGGAAAGCAGGAGAAGAAGGAGGUCAGUGGGGACCGGGCGGGCGAUCAGAAGAAGGUGGAUGAGGGGCUGUUAAAGGCGAUCAAGGGGGAGAAGAUGUUGUCCGAGUACCUCAAGUCGCAGUUUAGCCUGAGGAAGGGCGACAAGCCGCAUGAGAUGGUCUUUUAG